GCUGCUCUUCUUCAAACGGCAUAUAGAGAGAUCUCUUUCAUAUCGGACGUUUGCGCUGGGAACCGCCUGUCACUUCAGAACACACCCUCGACUGGGUUCCUCUUCACGAUCUUUAUACGAAGGUUCCCCGCAUCUUGAAUCUUCUGUGUGCAGGACAUUCAGAAUAUUCAUACCACAUUCACUGGUCCGAGACUCAUCCAUUAUUCGAUUCGACUUCCCUUCCUAUUGACUCAAUAGACAGUCACUCCGCUAUUGUUGGAUAUUCCUCUGCGAGACGACUUGUAUCAACCAUUUGUUUUAUUCUUCCUCGAUCUGGAUAUCACGAACUCAACGAAUCAACAUGUCUUCCUCGACUCGAUUCCUCGCCGUGAUGGCUUUGGCGAAAAUGGUAGCUGGUGCUGGUGAAGCGGCUGCGCCCAAGACAAAUUCAACUGGAGCCGCAACGGGAGCAGCAACUGGAGGGACAACUGGAGCCGCGGCGGCUGCAAAGGUAAACGCUGCCGUUUUGAACCAGGACUUUUACAAUUACAUCUUCAUUGUCUGUGGCUCGUUGAUUGCCGCUUUGUUGGUUUGGAGAGUCGGUAUCGAAUCAGUCAAAUAUGUUAGACAACUAACAUGCCUGAACAACGAUACACAACUUUACUUCACCCGACCCUCCGACAGGUUCUCCUCUGUCAAGAAGCAUCUUCUCUACGCUCCUGUCUUCAGCAAGAGACAUAACCGGGAAUUCCAACUUUCUUCAGCUAUCAAUGUCGGAACUCUUCCAACUCGUCUACAGCUCGCGUUCCUUAUUGGCUACUUUGGGACCAACGUCGCCUUCUGUGUGGUCGGUAUUCAAUGGAAGGGAGCUGCUGCCACUGUUGAAGGACAGUUGAGGAACAGGACCGGUAUCCUCGCUGUCGUGAACAUGAUUCCCCUCUUCAUCAUGGCUGGACGUAACAACCUUCUUAUCAACUGGUUGAACCUUUCGUUCGAUACCUUCAAUCUUUUGCACAGAUGGUUCGGUCGUAUAGUUGUGUUGGAAGCGGUUGCUCAUACCGUUGCUUGGGCUUUCCAGGCCGGUUCUUGGUCUGCUGUCCAAAAAGCCAUUACAACCGAUCCUAUGAAGAUGUAUGGUUUCAUUGGCACUGUCGCUUUCGUUGCAAUCAGUAUUCAAGCCAGCUCUGUACUUCGACACGCCUUCUAUGAGACUUUCAAGUAUAUCCACAUCGCCUUGGUCAUCCUGGUCAUCAUCGCAGUCUGGUACCACUUGAAGUUAGCCAACCUUCCCCAAAUCACUCUUCUGUAUGGAGUCAUCACCCUCUGGGUCCUCGAGCGUGUCGUCCGCAUCUUGAGAGUCGUCUUCCGCAACGGAGGAGGAUCCAAAGCCCUCGUCGAAGCACUGCCAGGAAAUGCUUGCAGAGUGACAGUCGAUAUGGCCAGACCAUGGACCUUCAAGGCUGGUCAGCACGCCUACAUCUACAUGCCAGCCAUCGGUCUCUGGACCUCACAUCCCUUCUCCGUCGCCUGGUCAGAAGAAGCUGAGAAACUCGACAGUGAAAAGCUAGCCAUGAACAGACAAGAUAUCCUCGCCAUGCAAAAGACAAGCAUGUCGUUCAUCAUCCGAGAGCGAACCGGCUUCACCAAGAAGUUGUUCAAGAAAGCUGAAGCAGCACCUGAUGGAAAGUUCACAACUACUAUCUUUGCAGAAGGUCCAUAUGGAGGCAUGCACCAAAUGACUUCUUAUGGCACUGUGAUGCUCUUUGCCGGUGGUGUGGGAAUCACUCAUCAAGUUCCUCACGUGCGAAAUCUUGUCGCAGGAUUCGCAAAUGGGACUGUCGCGACGAGAAAGGUCGUUCUCGUCUGGAUCAUCCAGUCUCCCGAGCAUCUCGAAUGGAUCAGGCCCUGGAUGACGAGCAUCCUCGCCAUGGAUAAACGCCGCGACUGUCUCCGAAUCAUGCUCUUCGUCUCUCGACCCCGCUCCACAAAGGAGAUCCACAGCCCGUCGGCAACUGUCCAGAUGUUCCCUGGACGACCUAACAUCGAGACCUUGAUUGAUCUCGAGAUCGAGAACCAGGUCGGUGCUUUGGGUAUCUCGGUCUGUGGAUCGGGAGCUCUGAGCGAUGAUGUGCGACGUGCUUGCAGAAUGAGACAACACAAGAGCAACCUCGAUUUCGUCGAGGAGGCUUUCUCAUGGUAAACGCAAAAUUUCAAGCUACAUGCGAAGAAUAGAAGGGGGUUUCUUGGAUUGGGGGUAUGACAUUACAUUGGAUAUGAUUUGUUCUUUUUUUCUUCUUUGGCAUUUCUGGUUCGCUG